CCAUUCAACUGCAGGCUUUGUUGCUGUGGGUUGGUAAUAAAAGUUUAGUUUGAAGCAGUGGUUGUGAGGUCAGAAUAUGAUGAACGGAAUUCAGUAUUGGGGUGAAAGUUCCAGUUCGACGUCACUAAGCAGUCCGCAAGAUGUUGAGGAUGACCGGAUGAUAGCUCUCGUGUUGUCCGAAGAGUAUGCCAAAUUAGAUGGUGAAGUUGGUAGACGUCUUUCCAGCUUGGCACCUGUUCCGCAUGUGCCCCGGAUAAACAAUUUCAUCCCAAACAUAAGUGAUGCCAGUAUGGAUCAUCAGCGUCUUCUUCAGAGGUUGCAGAUCUAUGGUCUUUGUGAAGUUAAAGUCUCUGGAGAUGGGAACUGUCAGUUCCGUGCACUUUCGGAUCAGCUCUUUAGGUCCCCUGAACAUCAUAAGCAUGUUCGAAAAGAUAUUGUAAAACAGCUAAAAGGUCACCGUUCCCUGUAUGAAUGCUAUGUACCGAUGAAGUAUAAAAAAUAUUGCAAGAAAAUUUCAAAGUCUGGAGAAUGGGGAGAUCAUUUGACAUUGCAGGCAGCUGCUGAUAAGUUUGCAGCAAAAAUAUGCCUUUUGACUUCAUUCAGAGACACUUGUUUCAUUGAAAUUAUGCCUUUGCACCAAGCACCGAAACGCGAGUUGUGGUUAAGCUUUUGGUCUGAGGUUCAUUACAACUCACUCUAUUCAAUUCAAGCUGCACCACCGCCUCAACCACCAAGGAGGAAACAUUGGUUGUUCUAGGAGAGGUAGAUGAUGAACACUUUAUAGUCAAUAUAUCAUUCCUUCCGGCUCCCUCCAUGCUUAGAGACUUCAAUCUGCCAUCAAUUUACAUUGACUUUAGUUUACCAGAUCCAUGCUUGGAAGCUGACGCGUUGGAAGACUAAGACAACCUUGGAUACACUACAAGAUAACUAUGUAAAUUUUUUUCAAUUAACGAAAUUAACUUGCUACAAUUGAAACUGAAGAAGAACGAAGACAGAGUAGAGUAAUGGGAGAAGUGUCUUUUUCUCCCUUCACCAUUUUUUCCCUCAUUUAUAUUUUACAUUCAUCACCCCUUUGGAGGUUGUUACUGAGAGCGUUUUAGCAUUAAUGUAUAUUGUUUUCUAAUUCCUCUUUGUAAAGUAAACUAUAUCUUGAUUUGUUAUGCUAGAUACAGUACUACCGAAAUGAUAGCAGUUAAGUAGUCUUCUUUUUCCCUCAAAGUAUGUAGAAAUUACUGCUUGAUCAUAAGAUUAGUUCAUGUUGAUAAAUAAAUGUUCAUACAGUUGUGUGUUGUCAUUACCA